GAGCACCACGCCCACCAUCAUAAAUCGGAGCACCCCGACUAGAGGGAUGCUCACCGCUGUAAGGAUUCGGAGGUGGGGCACCAUAAGAUGGGGGCAAGGAAUUCACCCCACCAUAAGCAGUAGCUGACGGAGCAGAGUCAUGUCCAUAAGCAGCACUCCCACCAUAAGAGCUUGGUGCAGGAGGAUAGCUUCCACCACCUCCGCCAUAAGAGGGAGCCGCUGGAGGAGGAACCUCAGCAUAACCAGUAUCUACUCUGCCACCAUAAUCUCCAUCAUCUUCUCUACCCACUCUACCAUGACCACCAUCCUCCCUAUCAUGGCUGUUGAAAGAAUCACCUCUACCCCUAUCACCACGAUUUCCAUUGUAGCCACGAUUUCCUCCACCAUACCCACCACGUCCACCACCGUAAUCUCCACCUCCACGAUUAUAACCUCCAUCACUACCACCCCUGUUAUAACCUCCUCCUCCUCCUCCACCACCACCACCACCACCACCACCCUCCCCCUCUCCCCCCACCAUCCACCCCUCAGCCGCUACGAAUCCCAGAAGCUCCGCGACUGGAACACCUUCGGCCAAUACCUCCGCAACCACCGCCCCCCUCUCACCCUCUCCCGCUGCAGCGGCGCUCACGUGCUCGAAUUCCUCCGCUACUUAGACCAAUUCGGCAAGACCAAAGUCCACUCCAUCGCUUGUCCUUUCUUCGGCCAGCCCAACCCCCCCUCCCCUUGUCCGUGCCCUCUCCGGCAGGCCUGGGGAAGCCUCGACGCCCUUAUCGGCCGCCUCCGCGCCGCAUACGACGAGCACGGCGGCGCCGCCCCGGAAACCAAUCCCUUUGCCGCACGCGCCGUGAGGCUUUACCUCCGCCAAGUGCGCGAGCUUCAGUCUAAGGCGCGCGGGGUCUGUUAUGAUAAGAAGAAGCGGAGUGGUAGUAAGCAACAACAUAGUCAUAUUUCUGGUAAUUAACCGAUCUGUUU